CCAAUUGCGCUCUUAUCGGCCUCAUACUUCCAAGCUUCUCCGGCAGCUCACGACGGAACAUAUGAGUCAGUUUGUGGGAUAAAAUAUAAGGAACAGUACCUUUCUUUUGUGGGUUACGGAAUCAAAUGGCUCAACAUGCCAACAGGCUGGCUAUCGCAUAAAGGUUCCCGUUAAAAGUCUGGCGAUGGCUAAAACGAAGUGGAACCUGUUGUUUGCAACGUUCGUUUUGUCCUGUGCAUCUUUAACAGUGCUCAUUGUUUCCCUGUGCACUCCCUAUUGGCUUGUGUCGGAAGCAUUCGAAAGCAAUGCGUACAAGAACAGCGAGAUCAAUUAUGGACUUUUUUCAGGAUCGCUCACACAGAACUUUCUUCCAGUUCCUCGGUACUUUGACCUAACACUUACUUGUCUGUACAGCGAAUAUGUAUGCGCUUACAGUUGCCAGGACAGUGAGGAAAGUAGAACCGAAGAAGUGUUGUUACUACUUCAAGGAUUGCGCCCAGCAGAUUGUCCUUUGCGCAGCUCGAGGAAACGAUCCUUAGCCAAUCAUCUUAUUGCUCCUGGCCCUGGCGCCAGUCCGAAAGCUACUAGCGGCGAUCGCACUGAAUUCAUCAAUACCGGCCUUUGGGUGUCUACAGUAGUGUUUACUGGAAUUGCUGCUGGAUUCGCCGGUUUCUCAGUUAGUUUUUCCAUCAUCAACGUGCUCUGGAACCCGGUGGAGCCGAUUUUUAGUGUUUUCGGUCUGUACAUCUGGCAUGGAAUCACCGUCGCUGCUAGUGGUUUGGCCAUGAUCCUUUGGGGAUCGUUGUUUGAAAGUACAUUGAAGAAGAAUAUCGCCAUCACGGAUACUCUCACCACGCAGAUUCCUUAUUCUUCUAGUGGGCUAGCAUCGCCAGGAAUUAGUUACUGGUGUUUGCUUUUGCCCAUUGCAUUUCACUCGGCCAGUAUUGGAUUACUGGUUUGGCGUCGUCACAUUAUCAAUAAGGAACCUCCUCCCACGACGAUUGAUGUGGAUCGAUCCGAUCUUACCAUCAUUAUGUACUAGAAAUGUGGGAAAUGCGGGAGUUUCAACUUACCUUGAACGCUUUUGGAUAGUUUUAUGAUAAAUACAUGCGUUUGCUAAACACUC